AUGGAAACUAGUAAUGAUGACAUCCUUCCACCCUCAACACCACCCACCUCCAGACCAAGUUAUACGUCCACCCCUAAUCCCUCUAAACCCCAGAAAGUAAACAACAACGAUGAAGAAGCCCCACCGAAAGCCAAAAAUGGUAAAAUGCCGACAGAGGAAGAACUGCUGGCCAAACUAGAGGCAGCUAAUAGAAUGUUGGAAGAGGAUGAGAAAUCAUUCAAUUCUCUGUCGGCGGUACCAGUAACUCCUGGUCAUUCACGGAAAGGUUCUGGUUCUAGUGUGAUAUCAUCUACAUCAACCAAUAGUCAUUACAGUAACUCUAAUGAAACAUUAUGGGAUGUAUGGGGUCGUCUAGUCAAUGAUUGGGAUACUGUAAGAAAACGUACUGGUUAUUUAAAGGAACUAGUAAGAAAGGGUAUACCAAGUCAUUUCCGAGGGUUAGCAUGGCAGUAUUUACUUAAUGUUCAUGAUUCACCUUCUAAACAUCUUUAUGUUGAAUAUCUGAAGAAAACAUCACCAUUUGAGAAGUUAAUCCGUCGUGAUAUAGCAAGGACUUUCCCGGAUCAUGAAUUUUUUAAAGAGAAAGAUGGUCUUGGACAAGAAAGUUUGUUUAAUGUUAUGAAAGCCUAUUCAUUACAUGAUAGAGAAGUAGGAUAUUGUCAAGGGAGUGGAUUUAUUGUGGGUUUACUACUUAUGCAGAUGCCAGAAGAAGAGACGUUUGCUGUACUAGUAAAGAUUAUGGUAGACUAUAGAUUAAGAGAACUAUUUAAACCUAGUAUGGCCGAGCUAGGAUUGUGUAUGUUUAAACUAGAAUGUCUCAUACAGGAGUUAUUACCAGAACUAUAUGUCCAUUUUAAUGCUCAGAAUUUUUAUACAUCUAUGUAUGCUUCAUCAUGGUUUUUAACAUUAUAUACCACAUCAUUUCCCCUAGCUAUAGCUUGUCGUAUUAUGGAUUUAUUUAUAUCAGAGGGUAUGGAUGCUAUAUUCAGAUUAGCUAUUGCUAUCCUACAAUCUAGUCAAGAAGACCUACUAUCUCUCGAUAUGGAGGGUAUGCUACGGUAUUUCCAGAAAGAUUUACGGACUAAAUACGAGUCAGAUCCAGAACAAUUAUUACAGAUUUCAUACCAAGUUAAAUAUAGUCAGAAAAAACUCAAAAAGCUGGAAAAAGAAUAUACAGCUUUAAAAAGUAAAGAAAAUGAAGAACAGAUAGAACUGAGGAGAUUACGUACAGAGAAUAAUUUACUCAGACAGAGAAUUGAGUGUCUGGAAAAGGAAUCAGCUUCACUAGCUGAUAGAUUAAUACAAGAUCAAGUUAAUAGAGCCCAGGAAGCAGAAAUUACUUACGCUUUAAAAAACGAACUAGCUAUGACCAAACAGAAACUGUGUGAUUUAACCAAGAAAUAUGAAGAAGCUGAUGUUUUAAUUUGUGAAGUCAAGGAAAGAACUAGUUCGUAUGAGAAUGCCUGUAACCUAACAGAAGAUGCUGCUACAACUCUAAUACAACAGUUACAAGAAGAACUGAUAGCUGUCAGAUUACGAGAAACUGAAACCAAUACUCUUAUUAAAGAAUUAAAACUUAAAAUAUCAGAAUUAGAAGAUCGAGCUCCUAGUAAUGAUAUACAACAACUACAGGAAGAAUUAAUAGCUGUAAAAUUACGAGAGGCAGAGGCUAAUUUAUCUUUAAAAGAAUUAAGACAAAGAGUUAUUGAACUUGAAUCAUAUUGGGAGUCUCAUAUGGAACGUAUGCAAUCAUUAAAUUCACCGAAAGAGAAAUCAAGUAAACAAGAAGUAAGACAGUUACAAGAAGAAACUAUGACCAUUAAAUUACGUGAAGCUCAGACUUUAGUUAACCUAAAAGAAAUGAAACAAAAAGUCAUGGAACUUGAAACUCAGAAUCAAAUCUGUACGAAUCAAAUGAGAAGAAUGGGAGACGAGAAUAAAAGUAUAAAAACUGAGAUGGAAGCUGUGGCUGAACAUGAGAAAGAUUUAAAUAAUACAAUAAAAGAUUUAAAACGUAAAAUAGAUGAUUUGGAAUCUCAGAAACGUGAAGAAUCUAUGAUGUUUAGAAUAAGAGAGGCAGAGAAAGAUCAGAUGUUAGGAAGUUUAAAACAGACUAUAGCAUCAUUAGAAAUAGAGAAAGCUGAAUUGUUAACGACUGGUCAGUUAUUAAAUAAAGAAGGCAAUCAAGACUUAACCAAUAAAAUAUAUGAUUUACAAGAGGAGGUAGGACAGUUUCCUAAACUUUUGGGACUGUGA